UAUCUGGCUAUAUAUAUAAUGUAUUAUUUAAUGAAAUGUCUGAUAAAUGUCAAAAGCUAACAUCCAAUAUUUCAGAAGCUAAAUUAGAUGCAAAAACUAAGAGAAUAGAAAAACAAUUGAAUAGUAGAAGCGAAGUUAUUAUUAGAGGAAAAACACCAGAUAUAUUCAGAGAAAAUAUUACCAUUAAUUUUCUUCAUGCGGCUAUUAAAUGGAAUGAAACAUGUUUGGUUUUAAAUAAUUUAAUCAUUUUCUUUCUCAGAUCUUUGUAUAACGGUAUCACGACUAUCAUUAAAAUACAUAAGUAUAUAAAUGACCAUAGCCCUAUAUCUGAUUACUUAAUGGGGAUCUAUGAUUGA